CGGACACGGAUCCCAUAAACACGUCCUUACUGCUGACGUCGCCGAGAGCUCAAGUCAAAGCGGCUUCCUUCACGCCUCUGUAGCUGCUGAAAGGCGCCGUUUCUCCCCUCACCCACCCCACGCAUCCUCCCUCGCAAUUACGGCGUCUUCACGGUGUCUAUUGUCCCGGAAUGAGCUGAUGCGCUUGCCGUCGGUGAGCGAUUAAAGUCCACGUCGCGUCUCCUUCACCUGGAGGUUGGCAAUGGCGCCUUCGCUGUGAAGUCUGCGACUUCGAACUCUGCCAGGAGAUAAUCGAGGCUUACCAAGGCCGACCGUGGUGACACAUCCGGGCCCACCGCUGCCGUGAUGUUUGCGCCCAUCCCUCAGAACGCAACGCCAUCCCCAGUGGGUCAACUUGGGGCUGCCACUUCACCCACGGGGCCACCACUUGCUGGCCCUCCCAAGCAUGGUGCGCCCUCGCCCUUUCGGCGAACGACGCCGUACGGCCGGAGAACAACGCCCACGAUGACGGGAGCGGCGGCAUCUGCAGCCGCACCACCAAAGCAGCCGCUCAUCUCGGACCCUUUUGCGUUUAACCGCCUGCAGCAGCUGGGGCCGUCGCCACCCGUGCUGGCGCAGCCCGUGCCUUUCAACCCCACUGGGAGUGCACCACCGCUCGUCAGCCAGCCAGGACCAACUCAAUUCUUUAACCCGACACAGCCGUUCAACCAGCCUGCUGUUCCGGUCUCCGCUCAGCCGCCGUCUUCUUUGAUAACAAAUCCACCAGCCCAGCAACAGCAGCACCAGCAGCAGCAACAGCAGCAACAGCAGCAGCAACUAAACGUGUUCAACCCAAUGCAGCAUGCGCCCGCCGCCGCUCCAGUACAAUUUAUGCCACCAUCCCUGCCCCCCACGUCAGUUCCACUGCAAUCCUGGAAAGUGCCUGCUUCUUCCGCAGGGGCGGAUCCAUACUUCCAGCCUCAGCAAGGGUUGCGCCCAUCUGGUGCUGAAGCCAUGCCUGUGUCAUCCGCUUCCUCCCUGGAGCACGGCCAUUUAUACCAGCAAGGCCCCGUUUCCCACGGUUACCAGCAUGCACCGGCACCUCCUCAGCAUCAUCCCCAAGUGACACAUCACAAUGACUCACAUUUUUCUCUGCAGCAUGGACAGCAUUCCCAGGUGCAUUCGACUGCUGUCCUGCAGCCUGGAGGCCCUCGGGACUCUUACAUGGGUCCUUCACCAGUCCCACCGCCACAUCAGGGCCACCCACCCUACGGGCACCUGCAAGGCACAGUGCCGAGCGCCACUAUGGAUCCAUCAGGACACCCGGAACUCGGUGCUGGAUCUGUACAGAGGGUGGCACCUGCACAGGGCCUGCCUGGCUAUGGUCAGCCAGCGCAUGAUGGAGCCGUUAAUUACUACAAUCCCGGUCUCCCACAAUCGCACCAAGCCCCGUACCGACCAGGCUCCGGAGAAUAUGACCAGGAACUCUACCCUGCAGAGCGCCUUCCUCAAAAUUCCAGCACAUCUGCCGAGGUUCCCACGUCCUCUGGUGCACCCACGUACGAGAGUUAUAACCCUGGACCGCACGCGCAUGAGUAUGCACCCCAAGGGGACGUUUACACAGCAUCACCACCACAGCAGCAGCAUGGUAUCCCUCAGCUCCCCCAUCAUCUGGAUAAUACGUUGGCGGAGCCUAGCUCCAAUGCAGAAACCUACCCUGGAAAUGCAGCUGCCUCUCAGUACUCAUUCGACGCAUCCUUACAGCAGCAAGGCUUUCACACAGACGUGCAGGGCAGAGUGGGUUACAACAGUGGGCCGGCACACGAGGGGGAUCAUAAUGCACACAUGUCCGGCUGCGCAGACGCCCUAAAAAGUCCCCAGACGGACGUCGACUGCAGCACUGUGUCCAUGUUCUUCAGGGAUGAUGAUGUUGAGAAUUUUGAGAACGUCUCUUCUCACCAGGCAACUAUGGCCCCGACGAGCAUAGCACAACUCCAGCCCAGCGGAUGGAGUCAGGCUGACAGCGCCGCUCAGCACGGUGUACCUGAGGGCGCCAACGUGAACAGCAGCCCUGCGUCCUUCUCUAAUCCAUCUCUUGAGAACCCUGAUGUAAGCCUGGAAGGGUCGGUUGGUGGUAUCGUAGCGCCAUUGAACGCGGCGUCCACGAUUCAAGGUUUUGGUCACUGGGACUACACCCAGAACCAGGAGGUUCCACCAAGGGAUCCUUUCAAGCAGGAAAACGUUGGCCAACCAACAAACUCACCGAGCCAUCCAUUCGGCACAGUCCAUCCCGAUGGCACCUUGCGGGAUCGGCCGCCGCAGCUCCCUGACAAUGCUGAGCUUCUUCCCAACGUCGAGACGCCGGACUCUGUGGCCCGGCCAGGCCGACCGGCCAGCGCCACGUCCUCUACGCUGAGCGGUGUCAGUAUGAGCAGUGCUGGCGGACACGCCAAGAAGCCCGUAUAUCCCAAGGUGUCGAACACGUUCAUUCAACAGGAGAACCCGGCAGGGCCGCAUCCCCAAACGUCAUCAGGCUUGGGGGACUUUUACCAUCAGGGGCCUGCCACCGCCCCUGUGAAUGUGCAGUUGUCGGCCGAUGCGACCGCCGCGCAAGCGUGGCCCGGCAGUCCAAGCCCACCUCGGCCUACAGGCCACUUCCAGUUGAGCAGGAACAGCUCGUUUGAGCCAUUCCGCUCGCCACAGCACUCCGUAGUAGAUCCGGCAGAUGGCGCUGCUGCCCCUGAGAAGGUGGGCAGCUGGGAUGAGACGAGCCUCAACUUCGAUGAGGAGCUCAACAAGGAGCACUUCGGCGCCCGGGGUGCACGUCACCGUGCGCUGCAACGUACGGCGCAUGCCAACAUGGAGCUGUUGCCCGAUAAUCAAGAGAUCCCCAGUGCCGUGGCGAGCCCGGCGAACCCCGGCAAGCCGCCGGUCGGUGUGCACUCGACGCCGAGCGAGCGGCGGCCCAGUCGGCCGUUGUCACGCAGCUCGGCGCUGCGGCAGAUGACGGAGAGCCCCAUGACGACGCUGUGGGCGCAGGAUGGGGUCCCCGGCCUGGACGAGACCGUCAUCCUUGCUCCAGCCGCACCUGCGCUGCAACCGCCGAGGAUGCCAGCAGCCGGAGGAGAUGUAAUUCAGCCUCCGGAGGAGGAGAUGGGCACCAGGCGUGGAGGCGCGAUCCACGGAUACACUGGGUCCGCGGUGGAGAACAUGGAAAUUCCACCAGCGUCCAAAAUGCACGGGCCAGCUGUGAUUGGACCAGCCAUCGCACCAGUCAUUUGUCCCGUGGCCCCGUUGGACAUAAGUCUGGUUCCGCCAAUAAUCCUGCCGCAGCCUCAGUUGGUCCCUCCGACGGCCGCUGAUUUGUCACGCAGGGGAAGCAACCAGACAUCUGAAAAUGGCAUUGUCUCUGUCACUCGCACUCAACCCGAGUCACUGAUGCACCACUCGGCACUUUCACAAAACCUUCUGCUGACCUUUGUGCCGUCUGAUUCAUUGACCCUCCCUACCGUUCCCGCCAUCAGUGCCGCCCCCGUGCCCACGACCCAGGGUUUCGUCGGUGGGCAGUUUUUGGCAGAAGGAGCUCGUUGCGCUACAUCUCCAGCCAUCAGCCAGCAGCCCCAGAUGAUGUCGUCACGGCAGGAAGAAUCUCUGAACGCGCAAGCCGCUCAACACAGAGAGCGUCCGCCCAGUGCUUAUGGUAACCCGUCUCUCGUGGGCAUGACCGCCAUUGAUCCACCGGCAACGAAGAAUGCGCUGCCCAGCUUUCCAACUCAGGGUGAGCAACACAACCCUUCCAUUUACCAGCAAAUUGAGAAACCCAAGAGUGGCGAUCAGGCUCUCGACCUGACCGUGCGGCAAGCAGCAUUUGCUCAAGAGGGCGCCAUGAGGACACAAGAAGGUGGUCCCAUUCAGUUUCAGCCAACAUCCACUGUACCGCCAUGUCCACCACCGGUGUCAUCUCACUUGCAGUCACAGCCUUCUGCUUGGCAGCAGGUACCAGGUUCAUCUGUCACGCAGCAGCAGCCACAACAGCAACCGCAGCAGCAACAGCAGCAGCAACAACAACAGCCACCACCCAGAGCCCAGCAGCCUGUUGUUCAAAUUCCACAAGAAAUUUUAUCUGGGAAGAGCCAGUCAAUGGAACAGCUAAGCGAGCCAACUCCAAGCCAUCAGGUCCCUCCCUCCUCACAGCUUCCACCUCCACAGCAUGCCGACUCAUCUGCAGCCUCGACCCAUGUGACCUUGGCAAACCCGCCUAUUGCUGACUCAAAGGCAGCACUGCAGCAGCAGCAGCCAGUUGUGACCUCGAGUUACCAUUCUCUCCCAGAACGAGCAGCAUCAGUUGAAGUCACUGCAACUACUCCAUAUCCACCCGAUCAACCUGUACGGACACAAACUGAACAACAGCAAGAUGGUUCUGUAGCUUACCCACCCAACGAUUCUCAGCCACCAGUUUCUUCAUCUCACUACCCAACAGGGGCGCCACCACAGCCGUCAUUAUCUCAACACUCUGCUGCCGAGCAUCAGCAAGCAGGACAGUAUGCGGGCAGUCAGACGGGCGGACGCUACCCGGGCGAUGAGGCGGCUCGCUAUGCUGCUGCUGCCGCUGCUGGCACCUACCCGGGCUACCCACCGCUGCCAGCAGGGACGGCGGGCUACGGGCAACCGCCGUACCCCUAUGGCACCGACCCCUGGGCACAUCACUACUACCAGUACUACCAGCAGGCCGACCCCAGAGCUGCCCAGGCGUACUAUGAGCAGAACGGGCGCAGUGCGAGCUACGAGCAGCCUCUGUCACAACAGGGCAGCUACCAUGGCGGCUACGACGCAUACGGCCGCUACCGUCCCCCCGAACCGGAGAGGCCCAGUUCCCGUGCCAGCCACUACUCGGAGCGGGGCCCCUACGACAGGCCAGAUGGCUACUACGCAGCAGACAAUUAUUACGGUGCCAGGGCAUACGGUUACCCACCCUCUCAGCCAGACCAGCCCAGAGCUGAUGGCUACAGUUACGAUCAAGAUAUGCAGCUACGGCAUCCUGGCUACUAUCAGGACGUCUACUAUGGCAGGCGGGAGAACUACAUGGAGAACUGGCCGUCGGAUCCACGGCUUCCGCAGGCGGCCGACGACGACCCAUACCGCCGCGCCUCCGAGGCCUACGCGGAAGACUUUGACCGGCGCAGCGUGCACAGCGAACGCAGCACGCACAGCGUGCACAGCGUGCGCAGCGAGCGGAGCCACCGCAGCGCAUUCAGCACCCAUUCGCAGCAGGCAAGGAGUGCCGUGUACCGUGCGCCAGCCCAGGAAGUGCAUGCCUACCAGUCCCAGACACCAACGCCCGCCUCGGAGAGUUACCUCUACGAACAGUACCCCAGUGCAGGCUACGACGCGUCCCAGGGCUACGGUUACCAGUACGACUACACUACCCAGUCGUGGCAGUCCGGUGAGCAGGUUGCCCCGGCCCCCGUGAGACCGAUGACCCCGGAGAAGUUUGUGGCGCCGCACACGAUCGCGCGGUUCGGCCCGGGUGGGCAGCUCAUAAAGGUGCUGCCCAACAUGCCAGCAGACGGGCAGCCUGCCCUGGUUGAGAUACACAACGUGGAGGUCAUGUUGCAGGAGAGUGAGGAGCAAACGGAGCUGCGCUGCUUCCCAGGACCACUGGUGAAGGACGAGACACACAAGGUGGACGUGAUCACCUUCGCUCAGAACAAGGCUAUGGAGUGCCUUCGUAAUGACAAGCUGAUCGACAAGAAGUCAGCCGCCCUCCUCUGGGAGCUGCUCGUGCUCAUCUGCCGACAGAACGGGACGGUGGUGGGCACCGACAUCGCUGAACUGCUGCUGCGCGGCCACCGCGCGGGCUGGCAUCCAGGCCGGGCCCCAAACGACGAAGCCAACCUCAUCGACCUGAGCGGGGAGCUGGGGGCGCUCUCGGGGCUUGAUGACGACGCUGGCGCCGCCGCACCGCAGCCCGCGCUGCUGCUGGGCGCCCCGGAGGACGGCCCCGUGGGGCAGGCGUCCCUGCUGGGCGAAGGGCGCCUCUCAAGCGAGGAGGCCAUCGCUCAGGCCACCGAUCGCUUCCGCCAGCUGCUGCUGUUCGGCCGUAAGAAGGAUGCCCUGGAGUCGGCGAUGAAGAACGACCUCUGGGGCCACGCCCUGCUGCUCGCCAGCAAGAUGGAUGGCCGCACGCACGCCAACGUCAUGACCAGGUUUGCCAACAGUCUGCCCAUGAAUGACCCGCUGCAGACUUGCUACCAGCAGCAAUCCGGAAGGAUGCCUGCGGCCGCCACGUCAUGCUGCGACGAGCGCUGGGGAGACUGGAGGCCUCACCUGGCCAUGAUCCUGUCCAACAUCACGAGCAACCCCGACCUGGAUCGGCGUACCAUCACCACCAUGGGCGACACGCUGGCCUCCAAAGGGUUGGUUGAUGCUGCUCACUUCUGCUAUCUGAUGGCCCAAGUGACCUUUGACAUGUACAACAAGCGGUCGGCCAAGCUGGUGCUGCUGGGAGCCAACCACAGCAGCCUGCCCCUGGCCGAGUUCAUGAGCAACGAGUCGAUCCAGCGCACGGAGGUUUACGAAUACGCGCAGUCGCUCGGCUCCAACGGCACCAGCGCCACGCUCUCCAACUUCCAGCCCUUCAAGCUGCUCUACGCCAGCCGGCUGGCAGAGAACGGGCUGGUGGCGCAGGCCAUGCAGUACUGUGAGGUCAUCGGCAACACGGUGCUGGAACACCCGUCGCUCUACACCCACGCCUUCCUCGUGCAGCUCGUCAGUCUGUCGGCGCAGCUCAGGCCGUUUGACCCACAGCUGAAGGAAAGGCCCGAGGAGGAGCAGUUUGUGGACCCGGAGUGGCUGACUCAGCUGCGCUUUCUGGAACAGCAGAUGAAGGAGGGGCUGAUCCAGCCGUGCUCGGGCCGCGACACUCCGCACGGCUUCGACUCGAGCGAGACGAGCUCCAUCGUGACCCCGUCGUCCUCGGAGCAGCAGCUCAACGUGCCCCCAACGCAGCCCCAGCAGCCUCCGCUCGCUGCCCACCAGGCUCCGCCCCCUGGCAUGCAGGCCCCGCCCCCUGGCAUGCAGGCUCCGCCCCCUGGCAUGCAGGCCCCGCCCCCCGGGUUCCAGUUCCCGCCUACAACGUAUCUGGGCGAAGGGCCACCAGCAGGCGGGUUUCAAACGCAGCAGGCGCUGGUGCAUCAGAUGCCGCCUGCGAUGCACCAGGCGCACGCCGGAUCUGAAGGAGUGCAGUUCAUGCAGCCAGGCAUUCCCCACGGCGUCGAGGCUCAAGCCGCUUCUCAGCACCCUGGACAGCAGCAAUCGUUUGCACCGGACGGCGGACCUCCUGGCUUCUCUCCCACACACCAGCAGGCCGGCUACGGCCCGGGCUACCCACCCACCAGCAUGCAGCCUCACAUGCAGGGUGUUGGCUACGUGGGUCAGGCCACCUCGUAUGGAGCUGCGGGGAUGGCGAUGCACAGUGGGGAGCCGCAGAGCGUGGGAUACGGGAUGCAAACUCCGCAGGCCCCGGCGCAACAUGCACAGCAGAUGAGCUUUCAGCAAGGUGAUCCCUCCCUCGCGACGGUGCAGGAGAAUGGCGCCGGAGGGCCAACGAACCAGCAGAGGGACCACUUUGAUGAUGGCGUCCGCAUGGAGAGGCGUCGGAGCUCGCGCCUGUCGGAGACGUCGAGUUACAGGGAGAGGCGACGGAGCUCGCGCCUGUCGGAGACGUCGAGUUACAGGGCCACGGGCCGGCGCUCGCGCACGCUGUCGGAGUCAUCCGUCCACUCCAUCGGGGUGGACAGCAAUCCGAUGGCGCCCGACGCGAAGCUGCUUUCCAACAAGACGGAUAAGAAGGACAAGGAGAAACCCGCGGACAAAGCUAAGGGGUCUAAAGGUGGCUGGUUCAGUUGGCUUCUCCCAAAGAAGAAUGAAGCCCAUCUGCCGGAGGACAAAAACAAAUCUAUCGUGUGGGAUGACAAGAGGAAAAAAUGGGUCAACCUGGAGGAGCCCGAGGAUGAGAGCAAGCCGCCACCUCCGCCACCAAUUUCAGCUCCGCAAGUGGCCCAACUCCCCGGCGCUGGCGCCGCCCCUGGCUCCAUGGGUCAACAGGGCCCUGGGGGGCUCCCAGCAACAUCUGCCCCCCAGGGGGGGGUCAAUAUGUUCUCUCGCAGAGCCGUUGGCGCACGCGGCCGGGGCCGCUACGUGGACGUGAUGAACCCCGGUGGUGCCGCUGCGCCUCCGCAGACAACCGCGCCACCUCCGGAGAUGUUUGCUCCGCUCGCCCCCAUGGCCAGUCUCAGCAGCAACUUCUUUGUGCCGUCCGGCCCAGUGCCCGUCGAGCAGCAGCAUCAGCAGCAUCAGCAAGAGCAGCAACAUCAUCAGCAGCAGCAGCAACAGCAGCAGCAUCAGCAAGAGCAGCAACAUCAUCAGCAGCAGCAGCAACAACAACAGCAGCAGCAGCAGCAGCAGCCCCAGGAGAUGCCACCUGCAGGGGCUGCGGAUGGCCCUGCGCUGCCCGUCGGCACCCACACCGACGCACCAGGCCCCCAUGUACAGGCGAAUGCACCCGAGCCACAGGGCCCUGCUGCAGGGUUUGUGCCCUUCUUCAACCCCACGCAGUUCACACAGCCCACGGGGAUGCCAGCCGGUGGCCAGAGAGGGGGUCGGUUGGGAGCGCGCAAGUACCCCGCCAUGAAGUAAUCUGAGCAUUGCGGCCUUCACACCGGGCACUGCCAAAUGAUGGCGAAUUUCUCCUUCUCAGUGUCUGUAAAGAAUUUUAAUAAAUAUAUAAACAGCCCGCACAUACACGCACCGCACGCCAAAAGGUUGAUGGAUAUUGAUGGAAUUUAUUUAGCAGGUUAGAGUCUGAAUGUUGACUGUGAAUGAUGUAAGCCAUACCCCACUCUGUGCUGUAACAGCACAGGGUGGUGGUCACGGUUUAAGUGCUUCAUUUGCUCUUAAAGAAAAAAUAAAGAGGAAAUUGGUCUUGGGAAUAAAGGUGAGGUGUCUGGUGAUUUUAUUUUGUUCACGUUAGAAAAGAGGCGCCGUGGAUUCGAUUGGUUUGCAAUCGCCUGGCUGAGAGGUAGCAAGCGUUCACCAUCACGAGACGUGGGGGGUAAAAUUGCAGUGAAACUUUUGUGGUGUAUUUUGAGACGUUUGUCUGACAAAAUAAUCGAAUAAGUGAUUAAUUUAAACAGAAAUGCAUAUAUUGCGCUAUGGUGGGGGCGUUUAUAACGAUGUCAACAGCUGGUCGAAUGGCCCCAAAGGCAACAUGGCAUUUUACACAUUCCUCUUUUAGGUGUUUGUGUUGGGUAUUUGUCCUCACGACUGUUCUCCGUGGCUUAUAUUUGACAAAUGCGAUGCCUUGUGAGCAGUCUCUUGGUUGUUGCAGCUGAAAGGAGGAACAACCGUCUAUUCUUCGAGACCACGGCGGCUCGUGAAGAAUUUCACCAAACACGCAACGCAGCGGCACACAUUCCAUUGUGUGCGCUUCACAUGUCACGACAAAUGCAUUAUAAGUUGGGUUUUAAGUUUUUAUUUUGGUUUCUAUAUUUAUUUCCCCGUUUCGACUUUUUUUGUUUGAUUUAAUUGUGUUAUGUUUGGUUGCAGUUGAAUAAUUUAUAAGGGAUGGAUGUGUUUAUUUGAGGAAUAUUUUUUCCCAUUCGACGCAAUUGCUCAGAGGGUCACUGGUCACCUCGCAUGGUGGGGUCAUGCUCACACGAGCCACAUUUAAACAAUCGUACGCAAAAAUAAACAUCUAUUUUAAUGGAUGCGGCAGCAAUAUUGAUUCUUAACAAAGAAUCGAUUUGCGUACAUUAUCACCGAAUACGCCCAAUACACUAACUCUUUAGACACGUUCAAAAUCACCCCAGCAGAAGCUAGCAACUUUCUCACUGCCAUCUGACAGCUGUGUUGCCUAUCUUAAAGCCAGCCUUGCGUUAAAAAAAAAAUUUGAGGGAAGCAUUGGUUCUCCAUUGAGCUGUGCUGAGGCCGUCUGAGCAUAAGUGACGUCUGUGGUGAAAAUCGUUUUCUGCACGUGAUGGCGAACAAUAAACACUGUUGUGAUUUAUACAGGAUCAUUCUGAAUUUAGGUUUUAAUCCGCUGUUCUAGGAUACAACACUGCCGUUCAGAACAGUGGGUUAUGUGGUAAAGAAAUAUAGAAACCAUAUUUUAAUAAUGUUAGUGCCAUUCCAUCUAUUGGCACUGAAAGCCCAAUUAUAACAUCACAUUAAUAGCUGUAAAUGUAGCGCUCUUUUUAUAUUACUUUUACAAACUGAGCCUUUUCCCCGGUCCAUGUAGUGUAGAGCAGAGGUGUUGGUGACAAAACCACUUUAAUGGCUACCCAUGAUAUAAUUUAGAGUAUUUAAUAUAUUUGUAUAUGAGCAUUGAGAGUGGAAAUGGUGAUUUAGUUGCAUCCGUUCUAUGUCCUGUUAUUAGGCUUGCUAAGUUUUAAAAUCAUAUUGUAUUGUUUCUCUCCUAAAUGUCAUCAUGUGGCGGUGCCUUAACUUCAAUUUGGAGCCACUGUCCAAACAUCUCUCGUGUACAAUUCAUGUAAAAAGAGUGGGGAAAUUCCAGGAAGUGGUAUUAUCCCUCACGCGUUGCACUGCACCUCGCACGGGCACUACAGCGGCGUUGCCAAAUUUGAAAAAAUUGCCCGUAAGUUGCUCGAUGUGGAAAUCGCAUAAGCAACAACAUCAGACCGCGGCAACAUUUAUCAAGACCCUCGUUCAAAAUAAAUGUGGCUCGGUUACGCUCUCAUGGGUGAAUAAAUGUCAUGAUGCUGAUUUUCCCAAUGCAAACCGUUUGCCAACGCUGAUGGCCCAGACAGUUUGCUUUUUUUUAGCAAAUGACAUGGGCGAAUAAUAAGAAGAUAAUGGCUCCUUGUUUUCUGAAUUCCGAUUACUUAAGUAAUGUUCAUAACUCUUGAUUUAAAGCUUUCGUGACUGCAGGAAUUCAUACUCUUUGGGUCUUCGAUUGCCUGUGUUGCGAUCGAAACGUCGUGAUCUAUUAUUUUUCUAUCUACGCGACUUUACCGAAAGACCCAAAGAGGAAUGCUCAUAACAUUUAGGCGAGGAAGUUUUAUUUCGGUUUCUUCAGUUGGUGUUGAGAAUCCCAAGUCAUUGUAACUGGGCCCAAGGCUCUGAAGGCUACAUUUCUUGUGAUCUCCACGAAUGUUCAUGUUGUGUAAGGAACGGUUUUACAGAAGUCAAACGGAAUUAUCCUGGUAAUGCCUACUGCAUAGAUUUGUUUGCAUUUCUUUAUACAUCUCGUGUAUUUUAGAAUCGGCACCACUUUUUCAGCACGAUGUCCGAAGUUUUGUUCUAAAGAAGCUCCCCAACACCCCAAGCAAAACGUCGGACAUAAUUCUGAAACCGCUCUGGAUACAACCCGAAAACGCAGCGCAACCCAAAUAAUUGCGUCGUUUGAUCAUUUAUAGCACUUCAUGAUUGAUUAAGUAACUACCAUUGUCUUAUUAAAAUUGUACUUAGUCCGUUUCAUAAAGCACUGGUAGUUUAACACGUAUUGUGUGUAAAGCUGCGUUAUCGACACGUUUCAUAUUUGAGGAUAUGCAUUUUGUACGGCCAAUUUGUCAAGCCACUGCUGGAUUCGGGCCUCUUCCCCCAUGAUAUGCUGUUUGUAAGAAUGAUUUGACUUUCCUUCACACUGGUCAGUGUGGGUUGGCGAUGAAAGGUGGGGAGCAUGUGGGGGAAUAGAAUUUCGGUACAACCAAUGGAUCUUGCUGCACAGCCCUAUCACUUUACCACACAAAAAAAAUACAAUUAUUUACACCAAAAAACAAAUGUAUGAAGUGACACCAAAAAGAGACAGAAUAUUGGCAAGCCUGUGACCGAGACCCGAGGUCACGAAUGCUCAUCGAACCCGCUGAAGAGCAGUGGUUGCCAACUUAGCGAUUUUGUCACGAAUAUGUAGCGACGACUUUUUGGGUUUCCCUUGUGUCAAAUUUUUGUCUAAGGGACGAACGACACAUCUAGCUACUUUAUUACCCACAUACAACAUUUUGCAGGCUCAGAAGCGAUUCCAAGUGUGUAUUAGCAAUCCUGUAUCCGUUUACUGUGUGUAGUCCUCUGUGAAUCAUCUCGUGAGAUGUUCUGAUGACUUUAAAGGACCUGUUUGGCUACAUCUCAUGACGGAGGUUCGAUUUUUUUUGUUAACUUUCCGUUUUCAGGAGUUGGCAGCGCUGCUGAAGGGCCCAUUGUGCAGACCGUGUCUGCUAGAUGAAUGCGUCGCUUGCAGGCAUAUUUUUCUACAUGCUUGUACUGCCAUGGGGAUGCUUUGCAUUAAAUGAGGGCUUUCUGACCGAUCGCUUUUCAAACUUUCCUGUUAACCUACCCCUAUGUUGUGAUUGGUAAUCUUCGAUUUUGUUUCUCUUGUCUUAUACUGGACUGGCUGGGAGUACAAACCGGCUCGCAUCCUAAAAAAAAAAAAUCUAGACAACUUUAUACGUCUCGAUUUCAAAGAUUAAUAGAGAGAAAAUGGAUCACGGGCGUUGUUGUAGUAGCAGGCGGCAAGAUUAAAGUAUUUUAGCUUUCUUGAACCUUAUGAUGGAGGGAUAUUAAUGUUGUUUGUAAUCUUCGGAAAGAAUCGACGUGCAAUAAGCUAUGACUUGGUCGAGAGAACAAUCCACGUGUUUUAAACAAAAUGUUGAACCCUGACCGGUAUAUGGGGCCUUUCAUGUAUUUGAAUUACAGUGCUCAAAUUAGAAUUUGCGAUGAUUUCGAUGCUGUUAAUAUUAUUUUGCAGUGGUCGAUUAAAUCCGUGAUCCUCGAUAUAUUGAAACCGACGGCCACUGUGGAUUGUGGAUACAUGGAAUUACAAAUUUAAAUCCCAAUGUGGCUUUUCAAGAUACGGUACUUAUUUUAGUCUUUAAUUUGGGAUUUUUCAAAGACCUUUCAAAUGCCUAAGAAAUCUGUGGACUUGCAUGUUAAUUUUUGGGCAUGAAUAUUCCUCUGGAAUCUAAUUCCAAUGUUAUUUUAAUAUUACUUUUGCUGAACUUUUCCAUUAUUAAGCAAUGGCAGUAUAAUGUUAAGCGUUGGUUGAGGUAGUUUGUCCACAGAUUUUGAUAGGCAUGAAAAAACAAAUGCCCUGGAUAGUGUCAGCUCUUUGACAGAAACACAUUUCUGAUCUGAUACUUCAUUAAUUGGUUAAAAAUACAUUUUAGGAUGUUUCCUGUUUAAUAAAUGCAUUUGACAAAA